AUGGCUUUGAAGCCUGCCUCCAAGCUUCCCAUGGAUAAGAUCAAGCCACUGAAGAAUUUCGUUCUUUCUCGGGAGAGCAAGAGGGUUGCUCUGGAUGCUUUCCGAGCUGGCCGAUCGGUAACUGAUGCGACUCGAGAGGUGGUCCAAAUUAUCACCCCCAGGCAAGCCUCAGCUCCGUCCUCUCUGGAGCUCAUAGUUAUUGAGGAACCAGUUGGGGAUGUGCAGCUUGCGAGGACUGAGGUCGCUCCUACAUUUGAAGGUGUUCCUGAGGAGAAUACCGAGGUCGUCCCUGCUUCUGAUGAUAGGGCUCCCGAGGGUGGAGGUGAAGUUGAGGUCGCCCCUACUGCUAAGGGCACCUCUAAGGAUGGGGCCAAGUCUAGGUCUAUUUCUGCUGCUCCUCGCCCCAAGAAGGCUGCUGCCAGUGGUGCUGCUACUCUCACGAAGACCACUGGUAAGCGAGCUCCUCCUGCUAAGGUUCUCACUGCGGCUCCGGCCUCGAAGAAGGCUCACACAUCUCAGCAAUCUGCCUCCGUGCUCCCUCCUGCAGAGAAGGAGAAAGCGCCUGUGGGGCUGUUGUCCUUUGCUCUAAACAAUGAGGCGCUGAAUGCUGAUGAGAUCACUCCCUAG